UUUAAUUGAAAAAAAAAUUUUUAUAACACAAAAAACUAAUGAUGAUGCUUAAAAUAAUUUCUUGUUGUUUGUUAUUGGUUAUUACUAUUCCAAACGCUAUUGAUGCUGUAUGUCGAUGCAGUGGUUCAAGUACAAGAGAAUAUUGUGGUACUCAAUUGAAUCGUAUCAAUGGUAAUCAGGAUUGUUCACGAGAUCAAUAUUUAUGUGGUCCAUCUAAUCGUGGUGGCCAGGCUAUUGUAGUUAAAAAAUGUCGUGAAGGCUAUGAAUGUGAUGUUCGACGUGAUGGUUCAAGUAAUGCCUGUCUUUUGGAUAUUGAUUGUCAUUGUCCAUCAAAUCUUCAAGCUGAUGGUCGUACUCGAUAUUGUGGUAAUCGUCUAACCGGUCGUGAUUGUAAUGCAUCUAUUGUAUUUACUUGUGGUCGAAGUUAUCCUAAUCCAAUCGAUGCAUGUCCUAAUGGUUGUCGUGAUGGCCAAUGUGUUUAAUUACGACAGCAAGAAAA